AUGCCGCUACAAGUGAAAUCAGCUGCCGAGAGGGCUCUUUCAAUUGUCGAGAAGUCUUCCCGUGUAAGAAUACAAGACCUUCGUGAUAAUAUUGGUGCAAGGACGACUGGUCGACAAGUGGGGAAAUCGGCGAAUCAGGGAGGCCAUACGCGCGGUGCGUUACAGCACGCAGCGAAGCCACCUCUGGGCUGGAUUUGGGGGAACUUCUUUAGCCCGUGGCAGAGGUUGUUCCCAGGAGAGAAGCAUUUCAAUGCGAACAUAAAUAUGCGUCGAGAAUAUAUCCCAUUAUCGUUAGUGGAACUGUCGCGCCUCAUUGAUCUUGGCUGGGUGAACCCAUUACUUCCUAUUGAUGCCGCCGUUCUCUUUGCUACUAGGAAAUUCGUUCUUCAAUCGAUAUCAAGACAAUAUGGGUUCCAUCUUACCGCUGAGGGUGCUGAUGAUUUCACCCAUAAAAUUGAUAUCGAAGUGCAGUAUGCGUCAGCGACAGCAAUUUCAGCGGUUGAGAGAACUGGAGGACGUAUUCGCGUUGCAUAUUAUGACUCUAGUGCUCUUCAGGCUGCCAUGGAUCCCCGAACAUGGUUCAAAUCAGGAAAGCCAGUACCUGCACGAAAAGCUCCACCACCAUCGUUAUUAGAGUUAUUGUACUACAGUGAUGCUUCAAAUCGUGGUUAUUUGGCUGAAUCAGCUGAACUAGCUCAGGCGAGAAAACGGCUUGCACUUGUUAUGGGAUACGAUUUACCAGAGAAGGAGAUCUCUAGUUUUUCCGCUUUUUUCCUUUGUGUUUUUCAUGGCAUCCCGCCUGGAGCAGUUGUUUCACUUGCCGACAAAAAGGUAUUUCUACCGAGUCACCCAGUAGUAAAAGAUUAUUACCAGAGGCAUUUUGUAGCCGACAAGUGUCUCCGAAUCUACUAA